GAAACAAGUGUCUUUGCUGUAUAAUAUAGUACAAACAUGUAAUGUAUUAUUAGUAUUAUCAAUUAGUAUGGAAAAAAAUUAACAUUAAAUUAAUUUCUUAUAUCAAGUUAAGAAGUGAACAAAACCACACGCCUAUAGUGAGCCUGAGCGUGCCUUCAAAUUAUUACAUAAAAAAACCUUUUUUUAUGUAAUCAGAAUGAUUAUAUGCCUUGCUCGUGAUAAUUGAAAAACACUAUAAAUAUGGAUUUCCUUAGUUUUUUUCUUACCAUCGUGUUACUUUUUCUUACAACAAUUCUGUUUUAUAUCUAUUGCUAUAACCGAUUAAAUUAUUGGAGACGAAAAGGUGUACCACAGUUAACCGACACCGAUAAAAUAUUUGGGGAUUUCAAAAGGGGAAUUUUAUUCCGCUCCCCUCCAGGAUACCACUUUGGUGAACUUUACCACCGAAUGCCUAAAGAUGUACCCUAUGUUGGUUUUUACAUCUUCCAUAAGCCCUGCCUCCUCUUAAGAGAUCCAGAAAUAAUAAAGCAGAUACUGGUUAAGGAUUUUCACAAUUUCUCUAACCGACACUUCGCGGGAUCACAGCAAAGGGACAGCUCUGGAAUGAGGAAUUUAUUUGGGCUUGUUAAUCCCGGGUGGCGAUACUUGAGGAGAAAGAUAACGCCCACAUUCACGAGAAAAAAGUUGAAGCAAAUGCUUACACUGAUGGUUGAUGCUGGAAAACCCAUGAUGGAGUUUCUUAAUAAGAAUAUUAACGAUAAUGGUAACAAAAUAAUCGAUGCACAGGACGUCAAUUAUAGAUACACGGCAGAUCUCAUUGCCAAUGUUGCGUUGGGCUUUAAAGCAGAUUCGUUUAACUGUCCUGAAUCGGAUUACACCAAAUAUUUUAUGGACUUCUUUCACUCGUUUAAGCGGAUGUUCGCUGUGUUUACCGUAUUCUUUGUUCCUGAACUGGUCACCGUUGUUGGCCCUCGUGUACUGUAUGACGCAACAUUUGUGCAGAACUUAUUUUGGAAAGUUUUUGAAUUAAGAGAAAAGAGUGGUAACAAGAGAGGAGACUUUAUUGAUACACUAAUAGAAUUAAAGAAUGGUACCCAGGACCCAGUUUAUAAAUUUGAAGGAGAUAAUCUAUUUGCUCAGUCAUCUACAUUUUUCUCUGGUUUUCAAACUAGUUCUCAUGUCUGUGCAUUCACUCUUAUGGAGUUGGCGAAGAGUAAGGAAUGUCAAGACCGUGCGCGCGAUUGUAUAAAGGAAGCGGUCGCAAAGUAUGGAUGGACGCUUGAAGGUUUCAAUGAGAUGAAAUACAUGGAUCAGGUAAUCUCGGAAGGGGUCAGAAUGCAUCCAUCGGUUCCUAUACUUGAUCGCUACACCCUUGACGAUUAUAAGAUACCAAAUACAGACCUGACUAUCGAGAAGGGAACUCCAAUUUACAUAUCUUUAUAUGGUUUGCAUCGUGACUCAGAAUUUUUUGAGAAUCCCGAUGUAUUUGAUCCAGAACGCUUCAGUAAAGAGAAUAAAAUCCAUGAGAACUAUCUUCCUUUUGGCACUGGACCCAGAAAAUGUGUUGGUAUGAAAGCUGGAAGGUUGUUCGUGAAGGUGGUGAUUUCUAUGAUCUUAUCAGAAUAUGAGGUGUACCUUCAAGCUUCAGAGAAAAUAAAUUUGGACAGACGAGCCACAUUCACAACAGCUGAAAAUGGCAUUUAUAUGACAUUUACUAAAUUAUAACGAAGACAUUAAAAUCUAUUCGUAAUUU